GGUGGUGGCAGCGGUGGCAAUGAAGGUGGUGCUGGCGGCGAUGGAAGUGAUUUUCUAUCGGCCUCGAGGAAGAUGCUUCCCAAGCACUUUGGCAACGUCUUGCAGUCCAUGGGACAGGCCGUGUACAUCUUCACUCCCUCUGGCGAGGUGACAUACUGGAACCACGCCGCGGAGCUUCUUUUUGGGUGGAGCGAGGCCGAGGCGGUGGGACGCAAGGUGUCCGAGCUCAUUGUGGAGCAGUCGGCUCAGGGGUUCUUGUCGGAGCUGGUUGCGCGGCUAGGGAAUGGCGAGUCGUGGACGGGCCAGUUCCCGCUCAGGAAGAAGAACGGGGAGGUUUUCACCGCCUCGGUCUCGGACAAUCCGUUCUAUGACGACAAUGGUGUGCUCAUGGGCAUCGUCGGCGUGGCCCACGACGUACGUAUGCUCCAGGAGCAGCCGAAUCCACUGGCGGCUCCUCGAGAGAACUGGGAAGAUCUGGAGAAGCAGCACAAAAAAACUCCGUUUCCGUCAUCGAUCUCUCAGUUGGCUUCUAAAGUUAUGUCAAAGUUGCGAGUGAACGACAACAGCGACGAUCGAGAAGGUGGCAGCAAUGGCAGCCAGAAAUCCCACGAAGAAUCGCCCGGUGACAAGGAAAGGCACGACUUCCAGUCUCCGCCAGGGAGCGGGCCAUCGCCAACCAAAAACUCCUCGAGACAGCAGCAGCAGCUCGAUUCGGACGGAAGUCCCCACGGCGAAGAGAACCGCUGGAACGGUGCUCGGAGAGCUCUGAGCAACAAGGCCGAGACGUGGAUGGCGAAGAAAGGAAUAAGCUGGCCGUGGAACUCUCCUCCGGAUUACAGUGACUCGUCGGACUCAAGCGUGAAGAAGAACAACAUCAUCUGGCGACUCGUGAAAAAGCCGAGAGAUCAUGAAAGCGGAGAGAACAGACCGAGGUUCGGGCAUAGCCACAGCACCCCUCCCAGGCUCUACAACCCCGGCAGCCAUGAUCCGGAGGAGUUCGUCGGAAGUGGUGCCAGUGGACGAAGCAGCGAGUCGAGCUUCCAAAGUUUGAACCAUUCGGGAGUGGAGGACGCGGAGGAGAUUCGCUGGGAGGAGCUCACGAUCCGCGAGCUGAUCGGACAGGGCUCCUGUGGAUCCGUGUACCGUGGAAUGUGGUGUGGCUCUGACGUCGCUGUCAAGGUUUUCUCCGAGCGUGGAUUUUCUCCAGCUCUUCUGGAUGAUUUCCGCAAGGAGGUGGCGAUCAUGAGGAAAGUCCGCCACCCGAAUGUGCUGCUGUUCAUGGGAGCCGUGGCGACGCCGGACAAUCUCUGCAUUGUCACCGAGUUUCUUCCUCGUGGAAGUUUGUUUCGCUUGUUGCAUCGGAAAACUCCUGGAUUGGAUCUGAGGCGCCGACUGAGAAUGGCUUUAGACAUUGCACGAGGAAUGAAUUAUCUUCACCACUGCAAGCCUCCAAUCGUUCACCGCGAUCUCAAGUCCUCGAACCUCCUCGUGGACAAAGAUUGGACCGUCAAGGUGGGGGACUUUGGUCUUUCGAGGCUCAAGCAUGCAACGCUUUUGACAACAAAGUCAGGACGCGGGACUCCACAAUGGAUGGCGCCGGAAGUGCUGAGAAACGAGCCUUCUGACGAGAGAGCCGACGUCUACAGCUUUGGCGUGAUUGUCUGGGAGCUCGCCACGGAACAAGUUCCCUGGGACGGAAUGAAUCCCAUGCAAGUUGUGGGAGCUGUGGGAUUCAUGAACCAACGAUUGACAAUCCCUCCAAACACAGACCCGGGAUUCACUGCUCUCAUGGAACAAUGUUGGCAAAGCGAUCCCAAAGCGCGACCCUCUUUCGAGGAGAUCAUUGCCAGGAUCCGCGAAUUGCUAGCACAAAUAGCGGGAUCGGCAUCGAAGUCACAGUCGAAUGCUAGCGAAGAAUCGACCGCACAGAGUUGAGAGAAGAAGCGCUUGUGUAUAGCUAAAAGGUGUAUAUUUGAUAUGCUUUUUGGUGUCA